AUGUCAGCUUCCGCGCAGCAACUUCACUUCGAGCCCCUGCACCCGAGGUUCGUGGCCGAGGUGCAUGGCAUGGACUGGAGCAAACCGAUCCCCGACGAGACGAUCGAGCAGCUCAAGAAAGGCAUCGCAAAGUACGGGGUGCUGGUGUUCCGCAAGGCGAAUUUGGAUAACGAAGCGCACAUCGCAUUCUCUCGACGCUUCGGCAACCUCGACUCGAUGCCGCUGGUCCACGGGCGCGGACGCGGGCGGUUCCCACACCUGCCGGCUCUCUUUGACAUCUCGAACCUGGACGAGAAGGGCGAGGUCGUGCAGACGACCAACCGAGUAGCGGCGCUGAUGUCCAAGGGCAACGAGCUCUGGCACGCCGACAUGCAAUACCACCCUCAUCGCGACAAGUACUCGUUUCUGCGCGCCGUCGAAAUUCCUCCGCCGGGCUGUGGCGGCGAGACCGAGUUCGCCGACUCACGCACUGCCUACGAGACGCUGAGCCCAGCGAUGAAAGACAAGAUCGACCACCUAGUGGCCGACUGCUCGCUGAUCCACAACCGGCGGUUGGCCGCCCCUGAGCUGUACCGCGACGUCGACCCGUACGACUGGUCCGUCUCGCGCUGGAAAGCCGUCUAUCCGCACGAAGAUAGCGGACGCAUGAAUCUGUACGUGACGAGCUACGCCUACCGCUUCGACGGAUAUACCAUCGCCGAGACGCAGAAGCUGGUGCAGGAACUGAUCACCCACGGCACGCAGCCGGACAACGUCUUCAAGGUCAAGUGGGAGCAAAACGGCGACUUGGUCAUGUGGGACAACACGGCCGUCUGGCACCGCGCGCUCGACGACUCCCAGUACAAGUACAAGUACAAGCGGGACAUGCGCCGCACGAACACAUAUGACGACGGGCCAUACGCCUUUGGCGAGAACGAUCCUGCCAACGACUGGAAGGUUAAUGUGCCACUGGAUCCGUUCGAGGCGGAGAAGAAGCAGAAACUCCAGACUGCCGACCAGGGCGGCGCUGUGGCCAGCGCGGUCCAGGAGGUGUCAGCUGCUGCAUGA